CUUAUAUGCAGUUGUUCUAUAUUUAUACACCUAUCCGCUAAAUUCUUCAGCACAGCACCUCAUUACCGAUAUAAAUUGUCUUAACAAUUAGUGUUAUUCUUACCACCAAAGCAAGCAAGUUCUUCUGCUGUUACCGGUGCAAAGAAGAUUCCUAAACAGCAAGCAAUGGCAAGCGAAUGGACAGUGGGGAAACUAAAGGAAUUCAAUGUGGAUUUCGAUGAAGCAGAUAAAGACAAAAACGGGACAUUACGCUUCAAAGAAAUUGUAGACCUUUUGUCAAAAAACGGUUACCGUGGUGACUACGGCCAAACAAAGCGUCUUUUUACCGAGUUGGAUCUUGAUAAUGAUCACGUGAUCUCUCGUAAAGAAUUCGAAGAAGCUAUGAAGAAGAUACCUGACAAGAAAGUCAAAGAAAUGGGUAUGCGUAAGAUGUUCAAUGCCAUCGAUAAAGAUGCUAGUGGUUUUCUCACGAUGAAAGAAUUAAACAAAGCUAUCCAGGAUAUUGCUUUGGAUGUCGACACAGAAAAGAUCAGUAACAUACUCAUACACCAGUGCCAAACCGCAGAGAAAAUUGACUACGAGAAGUUUCUGGACCUGUAUAUAAAUCAAUAAUAACUGUUUUACGGAAAAAACAGUGACUGGAGUUCACUCCGAGCAUCAACACGACGUCACUAUUUUAUUACAUUUCUCGAUUAUGAAUUUUUAAAAACUGUUAAUUAAACAAACAAAUCUCUACAAUUUC